AUGGUGUCGCUGAGCAUGCCUCCCCUGCCCCCUGUCAUCCCCUUCCACACCGGAGGCCCCAAGCCUCUGGCAUCUGCCACCCAUGAUCAUGUGAGGCUCUGUCACACUGGCCGCAGUGCCAGGAGCCCACCACCUGGACCAGUCGUCAUUUCUACCUUCCUGCGAGAGCGAGCCAACCGGCAGACCAGAAUGAAUGCUCAGAUUGGGAAAAUGAAACGGAGGAAGCAAGAUGAAGGGCAGGUAUGUCCCCUGUGCAACCGCCCCCUGGCAGGAUCGGAGCAGGAGAUGAAUAGGCAUGUGGAGCAUUGCCUUUCUAAGAGGGAGGGCUCUUGCCUGACUGAGGAGGAUGCUGUGGACAUCGAGCAUGAGAACAGCACCCGCUUUGAGGAAUAUGAGUGGUGUGGGCAGAAGCGGAUAUGGGCAACCACCCUCCCGGAAGGUGGCUUCCAAGGCUCUGGCUUCGUCAUGUGCAGCGGCAAAGAGAACCCGGAUAGUGAUGCUGACUUGGAUGUAGAUGGAGAUGACACUCUGGAGUAUGGGAAGCCACAGUACACAGAAGCUGAUGUCAUCCCUUGUACAGGCGAGGAACCUGGUGAAGCCAAGGAAAGAGAGGCACUCCGGGGUGCAGUUCUAAAUGGUGACCCUCCCAGCACACGCAUCACACCUGAGUUCUCUAAGUGGGCAAGUGAUGAGAUGCCUUCCACCAGCAAUGGUGAGAGCAGCAAACAUGAAGCGAUGCAGAAGACAUGCAAGAAUAGCGACAUCGAAAAAAUCACUGAAGAUUCAGCUGUGACGACAUUUGAAGCCCUGAAGGCUCGGGUCAGGGAGCUUGAACGGCAGCUAUCUCGUGGGGACCGUUAUAAAUGCCUCAUCUGCAUGGACUCAUAUUCGAUGCCUCUAACGUCCAUCCAGUGUUGGCACGUGCACUGUGAAGAAUGUUGGCUUCGGACCCUGGGUGCUAAGAAGCUCUGCCCUCAGUGCAGCACUAUCACAGCACCUGGAGACCUGCGGAGGAUCUACUUGUGA